GACGGCGACGAUGGAAUCGUGUAAAAAGCCAGGAGAAAGAAAAAAAGGUCCGAUGGAGCGGGGUGGAGGUGGUACAGUAGAAAUGUUGAAAUCAACUCAUUCAAACUUCAUUCCUCCUACUCUUGCUGCGUAGUUCAUUUCUCGUCUUGAUGAUAUACUUCAACUCGUUCAAAGACCCUUCGUGCCCCUUUCUUUUGGUCUACUUGUCAAUCGGCCCUGGUAUCCCCGCGAGGACUGCGAGCUCCAUGAUCGUGUGCAACCACUGUGGCACUUCUAUGGACGGUGUAGAUGGACCUUGCACUGGCUGCAGCGGUAAAGGGAUUGCGAUAACCAGUCCGUUGCAGACCGGAUCAUCAGAGUCUCGCAACUCCGACAGAUGGGCCAAUAAUUAUACGGACAGCCCGAAUUCCAAGGAAAAUCGUGGCUCUAGCAGUCCUGGGACCUGCAUGAACACACGCAAUGCCGUCGUGCCCCCCUCGGCCUCCUUCGACGUCCUCUGCCCAGACAACGGCCAGAUUAAACUCACCCGAGUUCAUGGCUGUUUGUUGGAUCCCAAGAUCGUCUUGCCGCAAUGCUCGAACUGCAACUCAUCAAUUCCUGCCGGCAAAAAGCUAUUUGUACCUCCAUCCAGAUCUGGUUCUACUUUUUGCAGAUUGUGUUACUCGACUUUGUUUAGCCUUGGAGUUUGCCAUCUCUGUAAGGCUGCAGUGCUUGGGGACAAAGAGGAGGGAUUCGGAGGCCGGCAUGUCAAAGGGCUGAAUGCAAAGAUUUGGCACGCCAGAUGCUUUGCUUGCGUCCAUUGCGCUAUCAAUUUGUUCGACAUCGACCAUGUUGUGCUUGAAGACCAACCACAGUGUCGAAGCUGUGCAACUGUUUUUGUCCCUCCCGUCGCUCCUACUGAGAAUCGGGCGAGACGUUACAUUCGCCCCGGUGAAAUGAGAGUCCAAAGGGAUCUAAGCGAACCACCUACAACCAUCCGGACGCAUGUGUCAGCUACCAUGAGACCGGAGCAGGCAACACUUCGAUCGCCGGUACAGCAGAGGUCUUCCUUCCAGACAGUCAUGGCUAUUCAGGCAAAAGCGGGACUGGUCAGGCAGAUGCAGCAGGUUUUUGAGCGUGGCGGCACACAGAGGUGAGGCGUGGUGACUUAGCCGCACUAUGAUUUCGGUACAGUACAGUUGCUGUGCCCUAUUGGUCCUGUGAGACGAGAGUGGCAUGUAC